GCGUUGUAGCCGUGCAGCUGCAGGACGUGGCUUUGUGCUGGUUCAGCUGAUGCAGAAGGCGGUCAGUAGGACCCUGAGGACACCCGGCACUUCCUCCUGCUUUAAAUAGCCUCAGCAGCUGAGUGGUUAAUAUUAAUGAAGUCGGAGUGAAGCUGACCUGCCGCCUCACCUGGCUGCACAGAGCAGGUGAGCUUCAACCAAUCAGACGGCGGCUGUGCUGUGAAAUGCAGCCAAACCUGUCGGGCAGAGAGAGAGAGGGCGAGUCCCAUUGAGUCAGAGUGGGAACUUUCACAGAGAGAGAGAGAGUCUGGAGGAAGACAGUCUCUGAGACGUCCAGCUGCUCACAUGCUGGUCAGAACACGCCGUGACAUCACUGUGACAUCAUGAGCAUCCCCACCAGGCACGCGGACAGGUACGCCGAGGACAGGGUUCCCGUAGGGGCCUGGGGCCCCCCCAACAUCCAGGACAUGGAGCUGAGGGAGGAGUGGCAGGACGACGGCUUCCCCAGGCCUCUCCCAGAGGAUUGUGGGAGUCCAGAGGAGGUGGAGAGUCCGUCAGGCGGUGAGCAGCGACCAGCACCUCCCACCAGCCUCGCCCUAUCAGGAACUGUUGGUGGCGGAGCUAAGAAGCGUCUGGCGGCCCCGUCACUCAGCCUCACUUUGAGCCACAAAGAUUCUAUGGACCCGAGCAGUGAUGGGUUCUCUGCAGCAGCGCUGUCUGCAACGCCGGACGAGACGCCUUCACUCGACAUAAACCUGGAGGCUCUGGAGACCCCUUCAGGUAGCGAGUCGGGAACGCUGCCAGAUGGCAUCUACGAGCUGGAGUGGGAAGAUGACCUACCCCAGAUGGGGAGGGGCAGGGCUGCGAGCGUGACCAGGAGCACGAUGGAGUCAGAGGGUCUGAUGGAGCUGGACCAGGUGGACAGCAGGGGGCGCCGCUGGAGGAAGUUCAGCAUCGGUGGACAUGAAUAUCACGUCAACAUGAGUGUGCUGGAGCCGUACCUUCAGGUCCUGUCACACGGAG